GUCACUUACCUCUAACAUGAGUAAUAAAAAGCAAGAUUAACCCUUGGCUAAUGCUUAGAAUAGAUAGAGAGGUGAUUAAAAAUAAAUCUCGUUUUUUAAAUCCAAACUGUCGGGAUUGUCACCUUUGAAUAAAUUCAGUCCUUUCAAGGAAUCAAGCACUUAUUAGCUAUUCAAUAAGAAUUAUGCCUCAGUUGAUUUCACAUAACAAAAGUAUCAAGUUAAAAUUUCAAAGACAGCCCUUAUUCAAAUCAAUUAAAUAAAGAUCUAAGCAUAAAGAACUGUCAUCUUUUGAUUCCUAGAGAAGUCCUCAUAAAUCUCCCAACACUAGCAAUUAGUAAUUUUAUGUUGAAUUUACGAAGCUCCUCAAGACAAACUACCUAGAAGAAAGAGUAUACCUCAAGAAUUUAGUAAGUAAAGAGAUAGGAAUAGUAAGUGAAUUAUAGUAAUUUUAGGAAAAUACCUUAUGACUCAUUGAAAUCUUAGAACAUCUACAUAGAGAGUUAAAAAUCUAUAUCUUAAGCAUUGAAACAAUACCAGAAGCCAGAGGAUAUGUAAAAUUACAUUCACAAUUAGGAAAUUGAUUUUGGGAUUAAAAAGCUUAAUAAGAAAAGAGAAAUAGGUGAUCUUGAAUGAUGUGGACUAAGUGAUCAAACAAACAGAUAAAUAUCAAUCCAAAAUCACAGAAAUAGUACCUAUUCCUCUUUACUUUAAUAGACGAACGACCAGGAGGAGUUGAAGAAACAAUAUCAAAAAAUGACUCAGGAUGAACAUUUGAGUAUGGAGAAAUAUGGCGAAACAAUUUCUAAAUACAACAAAGCCAUUUAGUUAUUACAUGAAUUAUAAAUUGAUUACGAUUCGCUGUUACCAGAAUUACGUAUGUAUUUUGAAAUUGAAAUUAGAGAAUGAUUAAACUGAGGAUUCCUUAAAAAAAGUGUAAUAAGAGGAGAAUAAGGAUGAAACAAUACUGCUUCAAUAGUUUAUCAUAAAAAAACUAGUUAAUAAAAUAGAAGAAUCGAAAUCGCUCAAUCAAUAACUAAUUUCAAAGAUCAAAUAAUGAUGUUCAAGGAAUUUCCAAUAGAG